AAUCCAUUAAAGCGCGUCAAUCGAUCUCUGCUUGUCGCAUGCUCUAAUUUUGCGGCGAAUGGUAAACACAAGUUGUCAACCUUCAAAAUGGACGAAGGCAUAAACGCAGGAAAGAAAGCAGCCGCCUACAAAGCUGUCGAUGAUUUUGUUAAGGAUAACCAAAUUAUUGGUGUGGGAAGUGGGUCAACUAUAGUUUACUCUAUAGACAGAAUAGCUGAAAGAGUGAAAAAUGAGAAUUUAAAACUCAUCUGUAUUCCUACAUCAUUCCAGGCACGUCAAGCAAUCAUAGAAAGGGGGUUAACUCUAGGACAACUGGAAAUGAACCCGAAACUAGAUAUAGCAAUAGACGGAGCAGAUGAGGUGGAUUACCAGUUAAACUGUAUUAAAGGGGGAGGGGGUUGUCAAACUCAGGAGAAGAUAGUAGAUUAUUGUGCUGAAGAAUUUAUACUGGUCGCUGACUAUAGAAAAGACAGUGAACAUCUGGGAGAUAGUUGGAAGAAAGGUAUUCCUAUUGAAGUUAUUCCAAUGGCCUAUAAACCAGUUCAGAUGAAAAUACAGUCUAAGUUAGGAGGAAAGGCCAAUAUUAGAAUGGCAACUAAAAAAGCAGGUCCUGUAGUAACAGAUAAUGGAAACCUAAUAUUAGAUUGGUGUUUUGAAGGAAAACAGAAUUGGGAACAAGUUGAUACUUUUUUACAUUCCAUACCAGGUGUGGUAGAAACAGGUUUGUUUAUUCAGUCAGCUAAAAUGGUGUAUUUUGGGACAGCAGAAGGAAAAGUUUAUACCAGAAAUAAAAAUCAGGACAUGCUGAACUCUCAUUGA